GAGACCCUUCUUGUCUGCAGGUCUCCAGAAAUGUGGUGUCAGAGCUUUGGACUUCUAGGAAAAUACUACGACCCACCAGGAUCCUUUUUGCUGGGGAAGCAGCUCCACGUACCCCUGUGCCCACUGCCUCUAUGUAGAGCUGUGGUGGGGAUUAUCCAGGAUUAUAUGGUUGACGUAACCUCUGAACUCAUCUACCAGAACAAGAGUCAGAUCUCCACAGAAGUCCUUUUUGUCUCUCCCUUGGGUCCCGACAUGGCCAUCUACUCAUCCUUCCAGGCUCACAGUGAGGAUGCCAAGGUCCAGGCCAUGCUGCGGGAUGAGGUCCAGCAGCUGCACAAGCCUAUAGGUGGCUGGGAGAAUCUGGAAUACCUUCAGGAGCAGUCGGAGUAUCCGGGCGAGGUGUUUGCCUGCUUCCUGGGCACCCUGUCCCCUGGCAGGGAGGUGGCCGUGACCUUGUGCUAUGUCCAAGAGCUGUCACAGGCGCCAGAUGGAGCAGCCCGUUUUGUGCUGCCACCCACACUACAUCCCUGGAGAGCCUUUGCCCUCCCCAGUGCCACGUUUUUCCUUGCAUCCUGCAAUUGUCUCACUGGCAAACUGACCUACAGCUUGCUGCUCACCACUAGCCUGCAGUCACCCCGUGGAGUGGCCGAUGUCCAGGCCAACUUUUCCCUCACCCCUUUGAUCUACACUGCCCAGGACCGCAGCACUGCACAGGUCUCACUGUCUGGCAGCCCCCCGCAUGAGUAUGAUUUGGAGCUGCUGGUGUACUUUGGAGAACCUACUGCAGUUAGUGCCAUGGUGGAGAAGGGAGACCCUGGGGCUGCUCCAGGCUCCCUGCUUGGUGAUCCCAUGGUGUUGGUGACACUGGCACCCAGCAUCCCUCAGGCAGUGCCUGGGCAGCGCCAGUCUGGAGAGUUCAUCUUCCUCCUGGACACCACUUUUCUUGAGCGUGUGCAGGACUCUUUGCUCUUCCUUCUCAAGAGUCUGCCCCUGGGCUGCUACUUCAACAUCUACUGCUAUGGAGAAACCUCUGUGGGCAUCUACCCGACCCCAACACUCAUGUCCCAUGUCUCCCAGCUCUUCAUCUUCAUGGCCGGGCUACCCCCUGACAAGGAAGCCAUUGCAGCUGAGGUCUGCCGUCACCGCAACAGCCACCGGUGUUUCUCCUUCUGCUUCUCUGAGGACAGCGCUGCCCUGGCUACGGCCCUGGCUGUGGAGACAGGAGGUGAAGCUGCCUACGUCACCUCUGACAACAGUACAUUUGUGGUGUUGAAGUGCCUGAAGCAGGCCCUAAAGCCAGCAGCUGAGGGAGUGUCUCUGAGCUGGAUGCUGCCCCGUGGCCUGGAGGUUGAGGUGCUGGGGGGCACUCCUGAGUUUAUCUUUCAGGGCCAAUACAGCCUCCUCUAUGCCCAGAUCCAUGGACAGGCACAGGAUACAGCGGUGACCAAGGGGGUCCUGACCUUGCAGUACAGCCUGGAUGGCCAGGAUGUCACUCACAAGAUUGAAUUCCCACUGUGCCCACAGGGAGAUGGCCGGCUGGCUGGGCAUCGUCUGGCUGCAAGAUGCUUGCUGCAGAGGUUAUUGCCAGAGGCUGUGAGUGGGCCAGGGGAUGAACUAAGGAAUCAUGCAGUUGAGAUCAGCCUCACUUCAGGGAUCAUCUGCCCCUUUACCAGCUAUGUGGGGGUUCGCACAUCACAGAGGGUCACCUGGUAUCGAGGGCCCCUGGCACUGUUGCCACCCCGCCAGUCAGUCAUCCCCUGCCAGAUCGUUUUGCUUCAUGGCUCCAUAAAAGGCACUACCUGCUUUCCUACAACCAUCUGGGUCCCACCUGGCUGGCUGAUAGCAAUGUGUCAGUCUUGGCUUGCCCUCCGUCAACUCACCCAUGGCAUUGCUGCCCUGGCCCAGCAAGGGGCUUCCUCAAAAGCAUGUAAACCAGCACCACCAUCUAUUUCUUCUCUCAAGCAUGUGGAUCCCCUUACAUUUGUUAUGUGCACUCCAUUUUUUGGGCCUUUCUUGACCAAAGCCAUUGCUGAGUGCCAGAAGCUGAUGACACUGCAGAAUGUAGAUGGCUCCUGGGCCCUCAGCUCAGAACUGGCCUCUGUGCUGGAAGUCGAUGAGGCCGAAAUCAAGGAAAAGAUGCCUGGUGAGGUCAUGGAGCCAAACAUCUGGGCCACAGUGCUCGCUGUGACCUGGCUGCACAGACCAAACAAGUGUUACCGAGAUGUCUGUGAGCUGCUGGAGGCCAAGGCUGUGACCUGGCUGUGCAGCCAAGCUGUGUCCCAGCUGGACAAGUGCCUGGAGGCGGCCAACACUCUCCUUGGGAGCAGCGUGGAGCCAAGUGUCUUCAGGCUCUGA